CGAGUGACUGCCAUCCAUGAUUGAGAUAGACACAGACCGUGGUGCCUGACUCAACCGGCGCACUUCGCGUACGUAUAAAGCGUAUCGGCAAGCGCGACAGCGUACGCAGCCUCCGUCUGGGCUUUUUUGCUACUUCACUCACGAUGUUGCGGUCCGUCAGGUCGUCUUUGCGUCCGUCACGGAACGUAGGUGCGCGGUACGCAGUGAACUCGAGGGUGUUGCGCGCUGCGUACACAUCGACUGCGCUUGGUGUCGAGCCUUCUAAGCUCGAGAUCCAACAUGCUCCUCAGCUUAAACCGAAGCCAGAUCCUUCGGAGCUGCGAGUGUUCGGCAAGAUUGUGACUGAUCAUAUGCUGAGCGUUCCUUGGAACGUCCUCACCGGUUGGGGAACUCCUCGUAUCCAUCCGUUCGGCAAAGUACUGCUUGACCCACAUGCAAGCGUCCUGAACUUUGCGCAGACAUGUUUCGAGGGCUUCAAAGCCUAUCGGACGCCGUCAGGCAAGGUCGCCCUCUUCCGGCCUGACAUGAACAUGAAGCGUAUGCAGACGAGCGCGGGGCGCGCUACAUUACCGCAAUUCGACGGUGAGGCUAUGCUUGAACUCAUCAAGCAACUGGUCCGCCUGGAAAAAGACUGGGUACCGAGCAAGCCUGGGUACAGCUUGUACGUCCGGCCGCUCCUGAUCGGCACAGAGGGCACCCUCGUCGUCAACCCACCCUCAGAUGCCUUGCUCACAGUCAUCUGCUGCCCCGUGGGCCCUUACUACCCUGAGGGCUUCAAGCCCAUCGCCCUGUACGGAACGACGGAGUUCAUCCGUGCUGCGCCUGGAGGUAUCGGGUCAUACAAGCUUGGUGCGAACUAUGUCACCGGUCUCGUUGCCGCGAAAGAGGCUGCGAAGCACGGUUGCCCGCAGAAUCUAUGGCUGCAGGGCCCGAACCACCUCGUCACCGAGGUAGGCACCAUGAAUGCUAUGGCGGUCUUCAAGCACCCCGACGGAACUAUCGAACUUGCCACCGCGCCAUUGGACGGCAUGAUUCUCCCAGGUGUUACGCGCAACUCCGUGCUCGCCUUGGCGAGAGAGCAUGCCUCGGGCAAUUCCAGAAUCGAGGGCCUCCCAGACAACUUUGUUGUGUCCGAGCGCGAGAUUCCCAUGAAGGAGGUUCAGGAAGCCGCCAAGGCGGGCGCGCUCGUGGAGUUCUUCGGAACAGGUACUGCUGCAGUCAUCAGCCCCGUCAAUCGUAUCCGUUACUUGGACGAGGACGUACAUAUCCCGACUGGCCCUGACGGAAUGGGCCCUGUGUCGAAGUCUCUCUGGCAAAGGCUGGUGGCCAUCCAGACUGGUGCCAUCGAGCACUCGUGGAGCGUCGUUGUGUAGGAAUGAAGGUGUUCAACGAGGUGUCCGUUGCCAUGCAAGACGAUGUGUAGACGUUGAUGGAUGUCAUGUUG